CUGAGCAGUUCAGGUCAGCAGCAGAGCGCGUGCGCGUGUCCGUCCGCGGACUCCCCGCGCGGCGCGGCGAGGGAAGAAGAAGGGAAGCCAAGGCAACAACUCAUCUCGUCUCUCCUUCCUCCCCCGUCGCCUCCCUCCCUCCCGGCUGAUCCGUCCAGCCCAAACCCCAGCAAGGAAGGAAGCAACAUGGCGGCGGCGGCGGCCCCGCCCCAGCACCAACAGGCGUGGUGGCCGGGGCGGAUGGGGGCGGCGUUCGGGCCCUCCUUCCUCUGCCUCGUCUGCCUCAUCUACUUCAUCCAGGGAUUCAGGUCUUUUGUAUGGACGGCUGUCUCCUACCAGAUGAAGGACAUGAUGAAGCUAUCGCCCUCCACAUCGCAGUUUUUGGUCUCUCUUGCAUAUUUCCCUUGGAGCAUUAAACCUAUAUAUGGGAUCUUGUCAGACUGCAUUCCAAUUAAGCAGAGGAAGCGUAUACCCUAUUUGAUCAUUUCUAGUUGUCUUUCUCUACUUCCGUGGCUUAUCCUUGGGCUAUCACAGACUUUAAGGACCUCAGCCAAUAUGCUUACUGCUUUGCUCAUAGUACAGAAUCUGGGAUCUGCCAUGGCAGAUGUUGUUAUAGAUGCAAUGGUUGCGGAAGCAGUUCGAUUAGCAGGGCCAGAGUUUUCUGGUGAUCUACAAUCAUUAUCUUGGUCAUCAAUGGCUGUAGGUGGGAUUUUGGGGAACUUAUUGGGAGGAUAUGCAUUAUCCAAUCUCCCAAUCCAUGCCAUAUAUGUUGUUUUCUCAGCCCUCCCAUUCUUUCAACUUGUUUCCUGCUUGUUUGUUGAGGAUGCUCCAAAAGGAUUUCAGAGUGCCAUUGAUGAGCAUAACUAUGUAGACAAUCAAAGUGCUGUUACUGCCUUUUCUGGAAAAGGGUCUAGUCAAGCACUUGGAUACGAGGGCACUAGAAGGCGAAAGGGAACUCGUAAAAUUAAUAAAAGGAGACCACUGUCAAAGUGGACUGAGGCUAAUGAGAAACACAAUGCCUCAGUCAAUUCAUCGCCAUCUUUGUCUCUGAGAUCAGCCUUCUUCAGUUUGUGUACAGCUUUUAAGCAGCCAACCAUUCUGCGACCUAUGGCGUGGUUUUUCUUUUCAAAUGUUACAAUUCCAAAUAUCUCGACAGUCAUGUUCUAUUAUCAAACGGAGGAGUUACAUUUGGAGGCAUCUUUUAUAGGGACUGCACGUGUGAUUGGAUGGUUUAGUCUGAUUCUUGGCACAUAUACCUACAACCGCUAUUUUAAGCGCAAGAAGCUCAGGAAUAUUCUUGUGUUUGCUCAUGUCGGUCUUGCCAUAACUAUCCUACUGGACAUUGCUUUGGUGUCACGGUUGCAUGUUCCAUACGGAAUUGGUGAUAAGUACAUGGUGCUCUGGGGUUCUGCUUUGGCUGAUGCAAUCAACCAGUUUAAGAUGAUGCCAUUCCUGAUCCUGUCGGGGCAGCUUUGCCCACCUGGAAUUGAGGGCACGCUGUUUGCUCUCUUCAUGUCCAUCAACAACCUUGGUUCAACACUAGGUUCAUUCCUGGGGGCUGCUCUGGCAUCGGCUUUGAACAUCUCGACGGCACAGUUUGACAAUCUUGCUCUGGGUUUGGGUGUACAGCUGAUCGGUACUCUCUUACCGAUUGGGUUCCUGUUUCUGAUUCCAAAGGAAGUUACAGGACUAACAUCAUAGGUUGAGGGGUGCGGGCCUAUCAUACCUAUUUUAUUUCCCCGGAAGGUAAUGGUCUGUGCCCGAAUUCCGAAUUCCUGACUCACUUACAGCUCUGUACCAGUCUACCAGAGUGAGAGGAGCAUAUUCAUCAUACUAAGUAAAUUAAAAUAUAGUUGGAAGCUAGACAGUUUUGUUGAAAGAUUUAUACGGCUCUGUACCAGGAUGAGAGGAAAGAAGAGUGCAGUAGAUGUUUAGGCAUACUGAAGUUGAUGUUACUUUAUAGAAAUUAGAAAACGUGGCAGCGAGAACACAGACAUGAUCUUAAGUGAUGUUACUCACGAAUAAAUCUGAAAAUAUUGGCUGCAUUUGUGUAA